AUGGGAGUUUGUGGGUAUAAUCCCUUUGCUCGAUCCUUCAAGGCUUUUAGUGCGGAGACAAUUCAUCUGGCUCUAAAUCUUGGUGUCGAUGUCAAGGUGAUCACUAGUGAUGAACUAGCCAGUGGCAAAGAAACUGGUUACAGGCUCAGUGGUUCCCAUGAGCACAAAUAUGAGAUUGUAAUGAGGUUACAGCAAAUGACUUAUAUUUGUGGCAUGACUGGAGAUGGUGUGAAUGAUGCACCUGCGCUUAAGAAGGCAGGCAUUGAAAUUGCAGUGGUUGAUGCAACUGAUGUAGCUCGUGGUGCAUCAGAUAUAGUGCUAACAGAACCAGGGCUUAGUGUCAUUGUUAGUGAUGUUCUAACAAGCAGAGCCAUUUUUCAAAUAAUGAAAAACUAUACAUGCUGUCUCCAUUACUAUCCAAAUUGUCUUGGGAUUUAUGUUUCUUGCUCUUAUUUGGAAAUUUGA